AUGAACUCCACAAUCCCCAAUUAUACGGAUCCUUUGAAUUUAUCAGCUGCAUUCAUAAUUCUUGCGAAUGGAAUAUUUGGAGUUUUGACUAAUACAUUAAUCAUUUAUAUUUUUUCCAAAUCGUCAAAAGAGAGAACGUCAUUCAAUGUUAUCUGUAUUUUUCGUGCAUUUGGAAAUAUAAUAACACUUUCAUCCACUUUUUUGGCAACAUUUCUACCAAUAACGCUAAUUGGUAAAUCUCCUUUUACCCAUUUUUACGAAACAAAUGUUAUUGGUAUAACAUUGAGUUUAUAUGCUGGACUGCAGAACACAGGAGUAUACAUAGCCUUUAAUAGAUUUACAGCAAUGUUUCUUCCAGUUUAUUAUUCAAAAUUAUUUGGGUUCAAAAUGACUUUAAUGGUAACAUCGCUGAUAUUUUUUCAUCGGGCGGUUGUUUCAGUUUUUGAACUUUUGCAUUUUGUUCCUCUUGAGUGUUGGAUGGGUUAUAAUUCUUACGAUCUUACAUGGUUUCCAAGCAUGGAAGAAAAGUGUAACGAAGAUUCGAACACUUCGAGUGCAAUUAACACCACUUUGAUAUGCCAGAUAGUAAUAGUGCUCCUCAACGUUUCGACGUUCACAUAAAUUUAUUUUUUCUACAAGUCAAUGGAUUUUGAAAUUAUAGAGCGCACACGGAAAAUUAAAAGGAACCGUGCAUUAUUCUUGCAAACUAUGAUCCAAGACGGAAUUAUACUGAUUGAUCAGAUUUUUACAUUUAGAUUGAGUGAAUUGAGUACCUCAAGAAUAUGGGCAUUUUUCUGUGGAACUCUCAUUUGGGAAUGUGUUCAUUCUCUCGAUGGGUAACUAAAUAAAUCGGUGAAUUCAAACACUGUAAGAUUUAGAUUUAUUAUGGUCAUGUUCAAUGAGAGACUCUCUUUCCUAAAGAAAACGUUAUUCUCAUCAUCUGAAAAAGUUGUAUCUCAUAGAAACAUUGUUGGUUCCAUUACACCUAUGAGAUAG